AUUUACCUACAAAAGUUUAGUGUGUUUUUUUUAGUCUAUUUGAACAUCAACAUUAUCAUCAAAGUGUUUUUAUAGUGUUUAUAGGAAGCAGUCAGAGGUGUAGGCCGUUACACUGGGCUACAUUCGACUCGAUACGUUUUCAUUUACCACAUUAGAUAUGCUUUAUUUUGCCUGAGAGAUGCCCCCAGUGGAUCUGCCACAUGACUGUGUUUCACCAAUCAGACGAAACAACAAUCAUCACGUGACUCCGUUUCACCAGACGUAGCCCUGCAGUCACAUGACCACAUACAAACUGUGGAGGCAUGGUGGCGUAAACUCUGCACACGUAGCGGACAAGAAAUGGAAAUAAACGGGGGCAUUUUCGAGAAAUGUUAUCUUGCUUCGGAGUCCGACAACAUUAGCAUAGCAUUAGCAUUGAUAUCUCCGUCUUCGGCUUUUGUUUUCUGUCUACUAACACGGCGAGGACGUCAGGCUUGGUGAUUGGCAGGAGGAGGAGAGUCUGACGAAGGAGCAGAGGAACAUUGUCAGCCAUUUUGUCUGUGGUCAACAACGGAGGACAAAUGGAUUCUUCACAAAACCAAUGUGAAAACAGCAAUGGAGUGAGACAUCAGAAAUCUGCGGAGGAAACCAGCGGUUUCCCAACAACAACAAACACAGAUGAAUCACUCCGUUGUGAGCAAUGCGGCAAGACUUUUAGCACAGCAACAAAGCUAAAAAUUCACCAGUGUAUUCACACUGUGGACAAACAGUUCAGCUGUAACAAGUGUAGGAUGACUUUUACUGUCAAGAGCGAUCUGAUAAGACAUCAACUCAUUCACGGUGGAGUGAGACCAUUCAGCUGUGAUCAGUGUGGGAAGACAUUUAUUUCCAAGGGUCAUUUAACAAACCAUCAACUCAUUCACAGUGGAGUUAGACCAUUCAGCUGUGAUCAGUGUGGGAAGACUUUUACUCAGAUGUCUAACCUAAGAACCCAUCAACUCAUUCACAGUGGAGUUAGAGCAUUCAGCUGUGAUCAAUGUGGGACGACUUUUAUUUCCAAGAGUGAUCUAACAAGACAUCAACUCAUUCACAGUGAAGUUAGACCAUUCAGCUGUGAUCUGUGUGGGAAGACAUUUAUUUCCAAGGGUCGUUUAACAAGCCAUCAAUUCAUUCACAGUGGAGUUAGACCAUUCAGCUGUGAUCAGUGUGGGAAGACUUUUACUCAGAUGUCUAACCUAAGAACCCAUCAACUCAUUCACAGUGGAGUUAGAGCAUUCAGCUGUGAUCAGUGUGGGUUGGCUUUUACUCAGCUGACCAACCUAAGAACCCAUCAACUCAUUCACAGUGGAGUUAAACCAUUCAGCUGUGAUCAGUGUGGGAAGGCUUUUAUUCAGAUGUCCACCCUGAGAACCCAUCAACGCACUCACAGUGGAGUUAGAGCAUUCAGCUGUGAUCAGUGUGGGAAGACUUUUGCUCAGAUGUCUACCCUAAGAACCCAUCAACUCAUUCACAGUGGAGUUAAAGCAUUCAGCUGUGAUCAGUGUGGGAAGACUUUUACUUCCAAGAGUAAUUUAACAAGACAUCAACUCAUUCACAGUGGAGUUAGAGCAUUCAGCUGUGAUCAGUGUGGAAAGACUUUUACUUCCAAGAGUAAUUUAACAAACCAUCAACUCAUUCACAGUGGAGUUAGAGCAUUCAGCUGUGAUCAGUGUGGGAAGGCUUUUAUUCACAUGUCCACGCUAAGAACCCAUCAACUCACUCACAGUGGAGUUAGAGCAUUCAGCUGUGAUCAGUGUGCGAAGACUUUUACCCAGAUGUCUACCCUAAGAACCCAUCAACUCAUUCACAGUGGAGUUAGAGCAUUCAGCUGUGAUCAAUGUGGGAAGACUUUUACUUCCAAGAGUAAUUUAAAAAGCCAUCAACUCAUUCACAGUGGAGUUAGAGCAUUCACUUGUGAUCAGUGUGGGACGGCUUUUACCCGGAUGGCUGACCUAAGAACCCAUCAACUCGUUCACAGUGGAGUUAGAGCAUUCAGCUGUGAUCAGUGUGGGAUGUCUUUUACUCGGAUGGCUGGCCUAAGAACCCAUCAACUCAUUCACAGUGGAGUUAGACCAUUCAGCUGUGAUCAGUGUGCAAAGAAAUUUACUACUAAGGUUCGUUUAAGAAGACACCAAGUCGUCCACAGCGGAGGUGAACCCUUCAACUGUGAUCAGUGUGUGAAAACCACUACUGGACAUGAACAGUUGUUGAUCCAUCAAUGCCCCCAUUCUGGUAGACAGCUGUACCACUGUGACGACUGUGAAAAAACUUUCAAGCGCCAAGAGAGCCUAAAACGUCACCAACGCCUCCACACUGGACAUGAUGUGUACGUAUGUGAUCACUGUGGCAAAUUAUUUGUAAAGUUCUCACACUUAGAAGCUCAUGCAGUUACUCACACCAGGGUUAAACCGUACCGCCGUGACCAGUAUGGGAAAGGCUUCAACAACACUGGAGUCGCUCACCAACGUGACCAUGCUGGGGAAAGACCCUACAGAUGUGACAAGUGUAAUAAGACUUUUAGAACUUUGGGUUCCCUAAAACAACACCAGCAGAUCCACACCAGAAAGAAGGCAUUCCAUCAACGUCAUAGUAAGCAGAUCGGCACAGAUGUGCACACUGGCCACAAACGGAACGCCUGCAAAGAAGAGGGCCCUAUGCCGGGUUCAGCACAAGUUCCUGAAGUUGUCCACAAACUUAAAGUCCUUGAGAUCAGGCUCCACAGAAUUCAGGUGUAAUCUCUUGUUUAGUGUCUUUGUUAAUGUUGCACUAGAUUGAUAGUGUUUUAAUCAUCUCUCUACUUCUAUUUUCUGAUGAGGUUUCCGUAAUUUCUACUGCAAAGUAAGAACAAAGAAUCAGCAAGUACAAUGCCUGCAAAGAGUACUCACCCCACUUAGAAGUUUUUCCUGUUAUUGCUUUUAAUCCAGUAAAGAAUGAGUGACCAAGGACGACAGACAUGAGAAAAGUCACCAAGACGCCUAAUACUCCUCUGAAGGAAUUCCAAGCUUUACCAGCUGAGAUCGGAGAGACUGUUCAUACAAAAAUUGUUUUUCACCAGUCAAAGCUUUAUGGGAGACAAAGAGAAAGACUCUGUCGAGAAAAGUUCUUAUUAUAUCUGGAUGAGCAUGCAGCAGAAGACGUGAAGAGAGACGUGUGAGACUCUGAAGUCAGCUGAAGAAGGUUCUUUGGUUUGACUUUCUCUUUAUACUUUGAUGCACUGCUGUAGGGAGCAGGCUGAAAAUUCUGGUUUGAGCUUCAACACCAUGAACUUGCUUUGUUUUUUAAAAAAUCAAAUUCUAGCUUAUGCACUGUAAAGUGCUGUCUUGUUUGAUUGUUUUACAGUGGGUACGGAAAGUAUUCAGACCCCUUGACAUUUUUCACUCUCUGUGUCAUUGCAGCCAUUUGCCAAAAUCAAAAAAGUUCAUUUUAUUUCUCAUCAAUGUACGCUCAGCACCCCAUCUUGACAGAAAAAAACAGAAAUGUAGAAAUUUUUGCAAAUUUAUUAAAAAAGAAAAACUGAAAUAUCACAUGGUCAUAAGUAUUCAGACCCUGUGCUCAGUAUUGAGUAGAAGCACCCUUUUCAGCUCGUACAGCCAUGAGUCUUCUUGGGAAUGGUGCAACAAGUUAUUCACACCUGGAUUUGGGGAUCCUCUCCAGUUCUGUCAGGUUGGAUGGUGAACAUUGGUGGACAGCCAUUUUGAGGUCUCUCCAGAGAUGCUCAAUUGGGUUUAGGUCAGGGCUCUGGCUGGGCCAGUCAAGAACGGUCACAGAGUUGUUCUGAAGCCACUCCUUUGUUAUUUUAGCAUGUGUGCUUAGGGUCAUUGUCCUGUUGAAAAGUGAACCUUCGGCCCAGUCUGAGGUCCUGAGCACUCUGGAAGAGGUUUUCCUCCAGGAUAUCUCUGUACUUGGCCACAUUCAUCCUUCCUUCAAUUGCAUCCAGUCGUCCUGUCCCUGCAGCUGAAAAACACCCCCACAACAUGAUGCUCCCACCACCAUGUUUCACUGUAGGGAUUGUAUUGGGCAGGUGAUGAGCAGUGCCUGCUUUUCUCCACACAUACCGCUUAGAAUUAACACCAGAAAUUUCAAUCUUGGUCUUAUCAGACCAGAGAAUCUUAUUUCUCAUAGUCUGGGAGUCCUUCAUGUGUUUUUUGGCAAACUCUGUGCGGGCUUUCAUGUGUCUUGCACUGAGGAGAGGCUUCCGUCGGGCCACUCUGCCAUAAAGCCGCGACUGGUGGAGGGCUGCAGUGAUAGUUGACUUUGUGGAACUUUCUCCUAUCUCCCGACUACAUCUCUGGAGUUCAGCCACAGUGAUCUUUGGGUUCUUCUUUACCUCUCUCACCAAGGCUCUUCUCCCACCAUUGCUCAGUUUGGCUGGACGGCCAGGUCUAGGAAGAGUUGUGGUUGUCCCAAACUUCCAUUUAAGGAUUAGGGAGGCCACUGUGCUCUGAGGAACCUUGAGUGCUGCAGAAAUUCUUUUGUAACCUUGGCCAGAUCUGUGCCUUGCCACAAUUGUGUCUCUGAGCUCCUUGGGCAGUUCCUUCGACCUCAUGAUUCUCAUUUGCUCUGACAUGCACUGUGAGCUGUAAGGUCUUAUAUAGACAGGUGUGUGCCUUUCCAAAUCAAGUCCAAUCAGUUUAAUUAAACACAACUGGACUCCAAUAAAGAAGCAGAACCAUCUCGAGGAGGAUCAGAAGAAAUGGACAGCAUGUGAGUUAAAUAUGAAUGUCGCUGCAAAGGGUCUGAAUACUUAUGACCAUAUGAUAUUUCAGUUUUUCUUUUUUAAUAAAUUUGCAAAAAUUUCUACAUUUCUGUUUUUUUUCCUGUUUUUUUCCUGUGGUUGCUUCAUUUAAAUCCACAUCCACUGGUUCUUUAGCGUAAAGUUUCAGCACAGUAUAUCAAAUGGUUGAGCAAACAAUCAACCAAACAACACACCAAUCAAACAAACAAAUCAAGUAAACAGCCGACCAAGUUGAGAUAUCUGCUCUCCUUCAUGCUGGCUACAACAAGUCUGACAGAGCCAAGCAGCUGAACAUCAGCCGGAUGACCGUCCACAGAGUCGCGGAGAGGCUCAAGAAUGGUGAAGAUCUUUCAGUGAUCUUUCAAGAAUGGUGAAGACCUGAAAGAUCUUCACCAUUCUUUAGCUUCUCCGCGACUCUGUGGACGGUCAUCAGGCUGAUGUUCAGCACAAAGGAGAGCAGAUAUCUCAACUCUUUUGACUUCCAUCUUGAUACAACUUCACCGGAGAAAAAAAUUUGUAUUAAGGACAGAUGCCUAUAAGAUAGAACUUUCAGUUUAUUUAAUGGAAUUUUUCACUCUGACAUGCAAGCGUCUCUAAAGAUCAUGAAACCGAGUGUAAUAGAACUUUUGCAAAGCCCGGUAAUCAAAUACCUGAAUAUCAAAUAGUGAUUGCAGUUUAAAAUGAUUACAGGCAAUUCUGUAAUAUAAUUUUCCAAUGUUUACACUGCAGUGUGUGUUUGGUAUGUCUAAUAUCUUAUUUUUGUGCUGUAAUUAAUAUGAUUUACAGCUGAUUUUUUUUCACAGAAUAAAGAAAUGAUCUCUUUUCUAUUA